AUGAACCCAGAAGAGAAAGUUGCUAAUAUAUCUAAUGAGACAUUUGUUCGUCCUUCAAGAUUCUAUCUUGGUGGGUUUACUGACAUCCCUCAUGUGCAGUAUUUAUGUGUUUUCCUGUGUUUUGUCUAUAUCAUGACUGUUCUUGGGAAUGGCCUCCUCCUCUCAGUGAUUUACCUGGACAAGACUUUUCAUACUCCGAAAUAUAUGAUUGUGUUCAACCUGGCAUUGACAGAUUUGUGUGGGAGCACUGCUUUCACCCCAAAAGUUGUGGACACAUUUUUGUUUAACAACAGAUACAUUGCUUAUGAGGUUUGUUUAAGUCAUAUGUUCUUUGUAUUUUUCUUUAUAAGUAUGGAGUCAUGGACACUUGUGAUUAUGGCAUACGACAGAUUUAUAGCAAUUUGCUUUCCUUUAAGGUACCAUAGUAUUGUGACUAAACCAGCUAUUGCUGCAAUGCUGCUAUUUACAUGGUUAUUUUUAUUGAGUCUAAUAGCCUGCAUGGUUGGGCUAAUUGAUCGCCUCUCCUUCUGUGGAUCUUUGGUGAUUGAAAAUGUUUUCUGUGAAUAUGGACCAACAUGUGGUCUGGCCUGUAAUGACACAUCGUUAAAUAAUAUAAUGGCAUAUGUUGUCUUUAUUGUAAUCUUCUUUAUUCCUCCUAUAUUGAUAGCACUGACAUAUUUUUGCAUUGCCAUAGCACUGAGCAGGAUUGCAUUAGGACAGGAACGACUCAAAGCUUUAAAAACUUGUACUUCUCAUCUGAUUCUUGUGGCUGUUUUCUUCUUACCAGUCUUGGGCAUCAACAUAACUGCUCUGACCUCCCAGGUUCAUCCUAGUGCCAAGAUCAUUGACACAAUUUCUACACCCACCAUAUCUCCUUUGCUCAAUCCUAUUAUUUACUCUUUAAAGACAGAAGAAGUGCUCAACUUUAUCAGGAAACUUUUCAAAAACAAUAGACUUAGUAGCAAAACCUUUUUCAAAAAGAUCAUUGACUCAGUUUCUACACCUACCAUAUCUCCUUUGCUCAAUCCUAUUAUUUACUCUUUAAAGACAGAAGAAGUGCUGAACUUUAUCAGGAAACUUUUCAAAAACGUUAGACUUAGCAGCAAAACCUUUUCCAAAAAGUGA